GGUGAAGCUCUCUAGAAAAAUCAUGAUUGCUUUGUAAAAUAGAAAAUUAUGCUAUUGCUAGUGUUUUUCACCCCAAAGAACAUCUAAAAUAGAAUCAGAACUAUGAAUGAAUUUCUGAAUGCUGUCACAAUAAACAUCAUCAGUCUGCAAAUAUUCCUUGCUUUCAACAAUUAUCUGGCCUUGACCCUGGCUUGUCUCGAAGGAUAGGUCUGUCGAUAACUUAACGAUAAUUACAUGUCUGUGAGAUGAGGCUCACCAAACUGGAACACCAACGAUUUUUAUUCAGUGUAGUUCAAAACGUGAGCGUAGUUUGUACGAGGAAACCCUCAUCCAAAUUUGUGAUAGCCUACUGUGUGUUGUUCAAGAUAAGAAUGGGUUCGAGGAUAAAUAUAGUGUCGGCAUUGGUGGCGAGUUUUGCGGCAGUUUUGGUCGUGGCUGAGACCAAUAAGUGUCCGCCCAAGUACUGUGAAGAGAUCAAAGUCAGCUGUCUCACUUGCAACGGCACUAUGCUCCACCUCGAUAUACCCAAUUGUGGUUGCUGUCCUCAGUGCAUACCUUUCCGUGGAGAAGGCGAGCCUUGUGAUACUGAAGGAGAGAUUUCAACAGCUGACAAGAAGAUCGUGACAAGCAGGAAAGAGCCAGUCAAGGUCGACGAAUCUGGCGAGGAGGAAAACCAAGAGAAGAAUAAAAACCAAGAGAAGGAGAAGACACCAAACAUUUGUAGACCGGAGCUCACGUGUCUUCAAGGCACUUGUGUUGUUAUUUUCUAAUUGCAUCGCAUCUUAAUGAGCGUCAUUAAUGUUUUACCGUACUUGAUUUCUCAUACGUGGCAAAUGCAAUUUUAUACAUAAAUAAUAACAAGCACAAGUUUACUAUCUUUCUACUUUGUUAUUAUAAGGUGGACCUCACUAUAAUCUUUGAAGGAAAGAAGAGGAAGUAUUUGAAUGUAUUGACUAAUUGGUACACCAUAUAACGCCAUAUAUAUUUAUUUAUUUAUCACAUUGUGUACAAAUACUUAACAUGAAGAAAUGCACAACAGGCUCAUGCCCAAAACUGUCCCAUUUCCAAUAUUUAUACUAUACUGUCCAAAUCAAAAUGGUGAUUAUGUCACUUUCACUUUGCAAAAUACAAUUUACGCUCUUCAAUACUCAGAUAAACGAGCAAAUUUUGAAUCAAAUAGAUACUAUUGGAGUCUAAAAUCAAACAAUACGUAUAUAUAGUCCAAUAAUACUUCAAAUAGGUACGGUAGUACUUUUAACUAAAAUAGUCCAAAUAAAUAAAGUCAAAAUAGUCCAAAUAACAUCAUAUUCUCUAGAUUAACAACCGUACUUUAAAAUACUAAUUGGUAUAAAUUCUACUUUCAUAAAUUAAUAGAGUACGAGAAAAACUCAUUGAAAAUAGAAUUACAAAAUUUUUUAGUUUUAUAUAGUUCUGUAAUUAACUCCUUUUUUAUCAUGCUUAUAGUAAUGUUAUUUAUCAACUCUAUUUCUUUUUAUUUCUAAUUAUUAUGUUUCUCAUAACUUUUCAUUAUGAUUGUAAUUCUUUUAAUUCAUUUCUUGCAUAUUACACUUGAUUCACGUCAAAUAAGCUUAUUUAAUUUUAUCCAAACUUCAUUCUAAUUCAACGUUGUGAGUAAUUUUGUUUUGAUAUGGUACCUGCUCAAGACCCCACGGGUUUAGCAGGACCCAACAAUGUAAAAAUGUAUUUCCAAUAAAAUUGAUUGAUUAAAGAGUUUAAUAUGAAUGAUGUAAAAAACUGAAUUUGAGUAAGGUGUAUACUCGAAGCUUGAAAUUUCUUGAGUGGAUCUUGCAAUCAUUGUUUUGUUUCUCUAUCUACAUUUUGUAUUCUGUUGUAUUCUGCUGUAUUUCUUGUAAAAGAUGUCAAACCAAAUCUUUUUAAAUAUUAUUUAUGAUAAUCAAUUUCCCUUUCAGAGCUCAAGCAGCUUGCUCAUCUGGAAGGGCCCAUAUUACUAUAUUUUAAUAAUUAUUAAAAUGGACUCUUCUUCCAUCAAACUCCUCAAUUAUUAUUAUAUUCAAAUAAUACUAGUAGUUCUGUGAACAGUAAACCUCACGCAGUAUUCUCAUUCACAAUUACCUGAUUGAAACUUUAGACCUUAUGGAAAUACAGCAAUAGACUGGCUUCUCCACACAUCGGUGUAAUCACUUGUCAGUUGAUUUAUGAUGAAUAAUUCUAUAAUAUAGAAUUAAUUAUAUAAUAUAGUCUAAUUUUUACUCUUAUAUAUUGGCGUAUGAAGGAGGCUCCUUUUUCCUUUUAUAUUAUCCUUGAAAUGCAAAAUUUCCAAAAACCUUGUAUAUACGUCGACGCGCAAUUAAAAAAGGAAGUUACCUUUCAAAUUUCAUGAAAAUCUAUUACCGCGUUUCGCCGUAAAGACGCAACAUAAAAACAUUUAAACAUUAAGAGAAAUGCCAAACCUCACUUCGCUCGGUCAAUUAUAUUAUAUUACUUCACUUGUAUGAGCCACUUUAUUAAAAUUAUAUAUUUUAAUUUUUAUAUUAUUUUCACUAAUAUUAAUAUAUUUUAUUAUAUCAUGUAUUUGAAUGAAUAAUAUUUGAAAAAAUUAUCCUCUAUAGCAUAGAUUUACAGUGAUAAAUGAGGUUCUAAGUUUAUUUUAUAAAAUAUUUUAUGACAAUAUCUAUAAGCUAUUAGUAUAGUACUUUAGUAUUUCAGUAGGCAUUUUGAUAGACUAUUCUAGUACCUAUCCUACCGGUAGGCUAUUAGUGUCAAUCUCAACAUAAAUUUUACAUAGAAAUGAGUCUUGAAUGAUUGUUUCAGCUACAUAGAGGAUUAUCGUAUUGAUUGUUUAAUCAAAAUAAAUAAAUAAAUAUGAAAUUU